AUGCGCCAUCUCUUUCUACUGCCUAUCGCCCUAUUGAUACCACUUUCUUCCUGUUCGCCCUCCGUCUCAGGUCUUGAUUGGCCAGGAAACAGAGCCCUGCCAUUGUUUCCGGAGAUUGCGAAGGAGAUAGACUAUGCCAAACUCACUGCGCUUUCUGGUGAUGAGCAAGUUCUCUUGGUCUCGCUUCAAGGACUGGUCAACAGACGACAACCGCGAUUGUACCUUUAUUGGUCGCAGGAUUCUGCCUUUCCGGACGACGAGGUCAAUGAGGCCUGGCUGCGGCAACUUGAGAGUGAAGGAUAUCGGAGCGCCGAUGUGACGAGCACUCCGCUGCAACUGAUUGACAAGUACAAGUCUGAGAUUCGGGGUGCUAUCAUCUACGACACGAAACUGCCAGAUACGAUUAAUCUGGCUUCGACACUUGCUGGUCUUUAUAGCGCUGUCCUCGCAACUGAAGAGCUGGCUCAACGCUUCAACAUCUCCAUCAUGGAAGACUUGCGAGGUCGGUUCAAAGACAAAUUUGAGCUUUACGAUCAUGCGGCCCGGGAGGUGUGGCCCAAGGUUACUGACCGCAUCAUCACUGCUAUCAAGCCGCUUUCGACCGUAUUGUACGCCAACAGAACCUGGACCACACUUUUAACGGCGAACUCUUCCAUUACAGACUCGUCCAACAACGGCACAUACACUGUAGAUCUAUCGUCCUUCAUCAAUGGCAACGGGACGGUCUACGUCAAUAUUACGGACGCUUUCCCCGCGGACGGCUAUGGUCCUUCUGUCUACCAUGUCAAGGUGACCGGCGAUGGAAACAAAACCAUAGCAGACUUCACUCCCGGCAGCGAGGAAGAAGACUCCUUUCUGUUCGAUGACGGCGGCUCUCAUCUGGCAGACUACCCAGGAGGCUGGCGAUUCGCAGAUGGCGCAUCCGCAAUGAUUUACAAGUUUGACGUUCCACCUCAGACAGCUCGACUCACACUCACACUAUCCAUGUGGAAUCAGUUUCUCGUUUCGGCAGCGUCAGAACGACCGGGCUACUACAAGGUCAACUCCAUCUUUCGCGAUUAUAUCGUCAGCACAGCAGCUCCCUGUAUAUGGCUGGACAGCAACAGGCCGCGGGAAGCCGCGCUGCUCGACAAGCUCCUUCGCCAAUUCCAGCCCAAUGCGGCCUACCUCGGCUGGUUUCCAAACGGCGAUGAGAUGACCGGUGUCACACAACUCGCAAGGAACGGAUUAUACGUGGCCGCCACGGACUUCUACUUCAACCCGACCAUCUUUAGUGGGUUCAACACCGAAAGCCAAUCUCAGCAGUCUGCGCAGAGGGGACCUCCAUGGCGGCCUCCUCCGCCCCCUCCGAAGAAGACCCCUAGAGUCGUAUUGUCCCUCGUCUAUCUCGAAGGCGACAACAUACAGUACGACCAGCGCACACUGGAAUGA